AUAUAUAUAAGUUCAAUGGAACAGAGAGCUAUCAUCAGUCUAGUUCGAGUUGUACGAGUGCAAGCAACACACGAAUUCGAAGACACAGCCAUGGUCCGUGCCGUAGCUUUUCUCUUGCUCAUUGUGGCAGUCGCCACCAUCAGUGCUGCGCCUAAUUGCAAUAAAAACGAAUAUUUCAACAGCUGUGGUUCAUCGUGUCAACCCACCUGUCAAAAUCUAUCACCAGGAAUCUGUACCCUAUCAUGUAUUGCUGGAUGCGAAUGUAAGAAGGGAUACGUAAGAAAUGCAGAAAACCAAUGUGUACUUACGCAGAAUUGUUAAUCAUUCAGAAAAUAUGAUUUUCCGACGAGUAUGUUUCUUACAUAAAAUGAUACACAAAUUUAAUAGGCGUUAAAAACUUUCUCACAAAUUUCCUUGUUAUACAGAUCUGUAAUU